AUGGAUUUUUUUUUCAUUUUAUUCGCUGUUCUCAUUAUUAUAAUUGUAUUUUUAUAUCGUUACUUUGUUAAUCAAUUUUUUUGGCAACUUAAUACUAAUAAGAGACACGAAAUUGGAUAUUUAGACGACUGGACUUGCAUUUACAAUAAAGUACUUGGCGGUAAAAUUUCAUUUGAGAAUUGUAUCGAAUUAAAAUUUAUUUGGAUUAUUGGCGAGCUUCUUGUGACACCCAUAAACUUUGGUUUAAAUCAGGACUUUAUCUCAGAAAUUGAUAUAUCAGAUUGUUCAAUAAACUGUUUAGAUAUAUCAACAUGUCAUAAUUUGAAAAAAUUACAAUUUAGACAAAGUUAUCGAUGUGAAUUACAAAUUGUUCUUUUCCAAAACAAUAAAAUUGAAUUUUUUAUUUUACGAAAUGUCAAAUUACAAGAUUUAGAAUUCGUAGCAAUUCUUAAACCUUCUUCUUUAGAAACUUUCCAUCUUUCUAUUGAAGGUAGUCUUGUUCAUAUUAAGGAUAUGAGAAAGUUGAAAGUAUUGUCUAUUACAUCUACAAAGAUUAACGAAGGUUACGAAUAUUUACCACAGAGUUUGGAAACACUUUAUUGUAACGACACUAAAAUUUAUAAAGAAUUAAAAAAAUUAAACCCACAAAAUAAUCUUGAAGAUCAUCAACUUCAUAAAAUUUUACAUUAG